AUGAAGCUCGUCAGGUUCUUGAUGAAGCUCAACAACGAGACGGUCACGAUCGAGCUCAAGAACGGGACAGUCCUCCAUGGCACCAUCACUUCCGUCGACCCGCAGAUGAACACGCACCUGAAGAGUGUCAAGCUCACGACGCGCAACCAGCCUCCCGGCACGCCCAACGUGCACCUCGACAGCAUUGCGAUCCGUGGUAACAACGUGCGGUACUACAUCCUCCCGGACUCGCUUCCUCUCGACACUCUGCUGGUUGACGACGCUCCUCGUGCCAAGAAGCGCAAGGAAGGAGCGGCUGCCGCCCGUGGGCGUGGUGGUCCUCGGGGGGGUCGUGGGCGUGGUGGGCCGCCUCGUGGGCGUGGACGUGGGCGCGGCUUCUAG